AUGAAGCGCAGGGCGGUGGCCGGCGGAGCGAUCAAAGCCUCCCUCAUUAAAGGUCCUGGAGGGCGGUGCGUGUGCACUAUUUACCCUGCGCCGCCCCGCCCCUUACGGCGCAGAUAGAAAACCGUGGGCCGGGGUGGAGGGAUGAAACAAGUGGAAGGAGAUGCUAGCCUGACGGACACGCAUCAACAACCUCCGCCGCGCACGCUACACACCUCGUCCGGCACCCCCCCACCCCCACCCAUCAGCCCCGCGCCGCUGCCCCUCCCCGCGGUCUUUUUUAUUAUUUUUUUUUCCUUACUCCGGCGCGCGGUCAGCAUCCUCGCUUUCGCGCAGCGGCACGAGCGUCCAUCUGCGUCGGAGCUCCAUGGCCGCGACACUGGCGAUGAGCGGCGUCGGCGGGCAGGAGGAUGCCUUCUACCCGCUGCACAAGGCGACCCUGCCCGCCGUUUUCUCCCUGGAGGACUCGGUGUUGUUCGGCUUGGACUGCAAGAUCACCGAGACGGACAAGUCCGGACCAAAUGACUACACGCAGGUAAAGUGUGAGAUGGACAGGUAUCUCUCCCCUCAGUCCCUCCCCCUUCCACCUCUCGCAGACAGCCAGCAGAAGUCCCACAGAGGCAGCCCGUCUGCGAUGGAUCAAUUCUUCACAGGCGACCACACCGGGGCUCCAUACACCCUCAACAUGAAUCUUUACCUCCCCGACGCGGCCUACCUGAGGAUGGGCUUGUGUCAGCAGGCGCGGCCCCCUCAGCACCAGAACCACGCCGGCCUCCCCCAAAUCAAAACGGAGCCCGCCUCCCCGUGUUUCUCCCCCAACGUACAGCUGCACUGCCCCAGCGCCACGUCCGCCAGCAGCUGCGGCACGUCUGGGCACGGGCCCGGCAAUAUCGCCAUGGAGACCUCCGCCAUAAACAUGACGUUAACGGGGCUGCCGGACUUUACCAGCGCCUUCAACCAGUCGGGGGGCAGCCGCUGCGACGACUCGGCGCCGGAGGUGUUCAUCAAGCAGGAGAUGCCGUCGCAGUUCGAGCAGCACGCCCUCCACCACCACCACGACAACAACAGCGGCUCGCUGUUUCAGCUGCUGAACUGCGGCUUGGACCAUCACCACGGCGACGGCAUGGAUGCUCAGCAGCAGCAUCAGCAGCAGCAUCAGCAGCAGCACCACCAUCACCACCACCACCAUCAUCAUCAUCAUCAGCAGCAGCAGCAGCAGCAGCAGAUGCAGCACGCUUCCACUCCCACAAUCCACGCGCCUUUCCAUAAUUUGCCGGCGGCUUCUUCUGCGUCUUCUCAGCAAGAGCAGGCCGCCAAGCCCGCCGCCGCCGCCGCCUACUGCAGCCUCGGCGGCAGGGGGUACACGCCACCCCAUGCUCAGGCGCACCCCCAUUUCCUCCAGCAGCAGGCGCCCUACCUGCCGCCCUCUCCGCCGAGCUCGGAGCCGGGCAGCCCCGACCGGCAGAAGGAGCUGCUGCACACCAUGUCGCCCCCGCCCUCCUACGCGGCCACCAUCGCCUCCAAGCUGUCGGGUAGCACCCCCGGACUCGGACCCGGACCCGGCCCGGGACCGGGCAGCUUGGCUCCGCCCCGCGCCGCAGGUCCCACGCCGGCCCCGGGCCAGGUCGCGCCCGGGGCAAACGCCGCCGCCGCCGCCCCGAGCCCGGCUCAGACCACCGCGCCCGCCCGCUACAACCGGAGGAACAACCCGGACCUGGAGAAGCGACGGAUCCACCACUGUGAUUACCCAGGCUGCAAGAAAGUCUACACCAAGUCGUCCCAUCUGAAGGCCCACCUCAGGACUCACACGGGUGAGAAGCCGUACAGGUGCACGUGGGACAGCUGCGACUGGCGCUUCGCUCGCUCGGACGAGCUGACGCGUCACUUCCGGAAGCACACGGGCGCCAAACCCUUCCAGUGCGCCGUCUGCUCGCGCUCCUUCUCCCGGUCCGACCACCUCGCCCUGCACAUGAAGAGACACCAGAACUAGCACGCACACUUACACACACACACGCACACACACAGACACAGACACACACAAAGCACUCGCUCCAUCUCCCACAGCCGCUCCUGGUGCUGCUAUCCUGUGCCGGAACGGUACGAUAGCCCGACAAGCGCGUCGCUCUUAACCCAAAGUGGGACGAAUCCGAGGUUGUAUAGUAGAAAGAUAAUGGGCAGAUGAAGUCCCCCCCCUCCCCCUCCCAACCCUAACUUCCAUUUAUACUUGAUAUAUAUUUUCUUUUGGAUGAAUAGAAGGGAGAAAAAGGAAAACGGUAGCUUAGAAAAAGUGUCUCCAGUGCAAUUGGACUCUCUUGUGUGACCGGAGGGGGAAAAUCUGCAAAACCCCGUGAACUGGCUUUGUUUAAUUAUAUUCUUCUUAUAAAGAAGACGCUUUUUGUUUGCAAAACUAGUCAAGCCAAAUCUUUUGUUUACUCAUCGGUUUGUUCAUAUAACUGGAAUAUCCAGUUUUUUUUUUUUUUUUUCUGUUUCUUUAACCAAAUCCCUUGGUUUGCACUAGAAUUCUUCAUGUAAGUCUCUGGCCCAUGUUGCUUACUCACCACUGGAUCACUACUAUCACUACUGGACGUACUGCCUGUGAACGCCACACAAACCCUUGCUGUUCAGAUAUUAAAAAUUGAAGGCAUUUAUACCCGGGAGAGAGGGGGGAAGAGGGGGGAAGGUUUGAGAUGAAGAGAUUUGAGUUUUGGAGGAACAGAGGAAGUUGGACGGCUGCAGAAGAGCAGCAAUUAUGUGAUGAAUGAUUCAUGAUGUCUUUGGAUGGAUUUCCAACCGUCGAAGUGUAAGCGAACCAGUGGACACGCAGAACUCAUUCAGUUCAAACGGAAUUGACCGUGUUUGAUGCAAAUGCUUGCGUUUCAAUUAUAGUGCUUCAAUUACUUUACAUCCAUCUCAUCCAGUCUUUUAUUAUUUUUAUUUUUUAAAUGUUUACUGUGUUAAAAAUGUUUUAACCAAAGCAGCAUCUUCCUCACAAACACCUUAUUAAGUGCCUCCUUUUAUGAUUAAUGUGGUUUAGUUCAUUGGUAGCAGAGCUGUGAUCAAUUUAGUCCUUUUUUUAAAACACACAUGGUGCUGUUUUUAUUUCCUAAUCUAUUGAAAAUUAUCUUUCAAUUUAUUUCUUAAAAGACAAGGUUUACCCAUCAUUCAUUGUGAUUGGACAGGCCAGACCACUUGACGGACAUCCUGGGGUAACGUGGAACUCCUUUUGGGGGCUUUCACGCUCUGAUUUUGUACACAUCUAAACUUACAAUUUGGCUCAAUCGGUCAGUCAAACAUGGACGUACAUUUCGUGAAGGGACAAGAACACAUUUUUCCAAGUCUUUCUUCAAACAGCAUGCCCACACGGGUGUUCCUCAAAACGAUCCUUGUUUGACGCGUCUUCUUUGUACGUGAUAAGAGACUAAAUCCGACGUUCUUUGCGUGUUUAGUGAACAUAAUGUGAAACGUCGUCGUAUUUCAGUCAUUUCCUCUUUGGUCAUAUUUUGAUUAUUGGAAAAUCUGUAGGGAAAUAAUAAUAAAGACUCGACACUCAACAACAAAUAAAAUCAAAACAACAUAGUUUUUGACUUUAGCUGGAGAAAGUAGUUUGGAUCUUUUAUUUUGAAAGAAUUAGAAGGUGUUAUAAGUCUGUAAUCCAUAAGAGUAUUAGUUAAAGGUAUGCAUUGUCUAAAAAUAGUAAAAUGUAUCUUUUUUGCUCUAUGUUUCCUUUUGUAGGAGCUAAAUGGCAAAUUUUACUUCUUUUACUCUGUUAAGUGACGGUUUACAGCCACGCCCUAAGGCGAGUACACAACUACUGCUGUUUAUUCUCUCCAAACCAGUUGACCUAAACUGCACCUCAUUUGCAUAUCUGUUUUGCAAAAUUUCCAAAAAAGCAAAAACAUUUGCUUGGCAGUUGCGUGGAAACACGACCGUGUUGAUGUUGAGCUGUUGCACAGUGAGGGUGUUCAAUCUACUGAAGAGCCAAGACUUGAGUUUAAGAUUCAGCCCUGAAAUCGGAACGGAUCUCACGUCACAACGAACAGCCGCGUCAAUCAAAAGCUCUGCACCAGAGCCAUGUUUUUGGACAGACUUGAGAAAAAUUCCACAUUGUCCUUUUUGAUAGAGAUAUAUAUAGAUCUAUGACUCUAUUUGAAUGUCCAUUUUGAUGGUUUGGUUUGGCCUCCACAUAUAACUGUAUUUGUUCAUUCACUGCAGGUAGCAUAAAGAGAAUAUAUCACUGUAAUGUAUCAUGGUAAAUCUGACUAUUUAUUUGAUUGUGUAGACGUGGGGGUUGUGUUAGAACAACCGUCGUUCUCCCCAGCAAAAAUGCCUUAAUGUAAAUAUUUGCACUGUAAAUACCCCCCCCCCCUUCCUCUUUUGUUAUUGUUUUGUAAACAAAAGGGCAAAACGAGAAAAAUGCUCCGCAUCCGAAAAAUAUUUGAGCCUUUUUUUUUCUUUUUUUUGGGUAUGUUGUCUUGUUAAAGACAUUUUGAUGCCAUUGUUUUAUAUAUUGUCCUUCCAACAACUUCUUUUGUAGAUUUGUUUUCUUCCUAGUUAAACGUUCCAAAGACAAAAGUUGUUUUUUCUUCAACUGAGUGAAACCGAUCCCAAUAAAGUCAACUGACACUUUUA